CAGCUGUGUGGAUGAUGAGGGUCAUAUGAUGCGUGUGUGUCAUUACUUCUGCAAACACGGGGAAUUCACUGUCAUUUAAAAACGGAACAUUUUUAUGACAGACCAACGCAAAAGGGAAUUUUCUUCAUUUGGCGAAAGGAACAAUGACUCCAGCAGUGCUAGAAGAGUAUCUCAAGAGAUUUAGGACUGACUUGGAUCAAGUUGUGGAUUUUUGGCUGAAAUAUUCCCAUGACGAAGAAUAUGGUGGGUUUUUUAACUGCCUUGGAAAAGAUGGAAAGGUCUAUGAUGAGCUGAAAUAUGUGUGGUUACAGGGGAGACAGGUAUGGAUGUACAGCAGGUUAUAUCGUACGAUGGAGAGAUAUCACAGACCUGAGAUUCUCGAAGCUGCCAAAAUAGGUGGGGCGUUUCUGCAAAAGUUUGCUCGAGUAAAGACGUCUAGUGGCCUGGGGAAGUGUGCAUUCUGUCUGACUAGGGACGGUCGAGCAGUGAAAGUUCAAAGGACGAUUUUCAGCGAGUGUUUUUAUGUUAUGGCCAUGGACGAACUGUCCAGGAUAACACACGAUAAAGAGAUGCAGGCAGAUGCAGAGAGCAUGAUGGAUCAGUUGGUGCACUGGGUCCGUAUCGAUUCAUCAGGUCUUGGUCGUCCUCAGCUUCCUGGCGAUCAGCCUGUCAACAGUAUGGCAGUUCCCAUGAUGCUCUUGUGCCUGGUGGAUCAGCUGACAGAGGAUAGAACCGAAGUUGCAGAGAAGUACAAAGAACUGAGCGAAUGGUGUGUGGAACAGAUAUUACAGCAUAUACAGAGAGAUGGAAAAGCCAUUUUAGAAAAUGUCACAUUAGAUGGAAAGGAACUGCCUGGCUGUCAAGGACGAGUGCAGAACCCUGGUCAUGCUUUGGAAGCCGGGUGGUUCUUGCUGCAGUAUGGACAUGCAAAGGGAGAUACUCAACUUCAAAAGACUGCAGUGGAUAAGUUCAUAGAGGUCCCAUUUCAGACCGGGUGGGACAAACAGCAUGGUGGACUUUUCUACUUCCUGGAUGUUGAUGGCCAUUGUCCUACUCAGUUAGAAUGGAAUAUGAAGCUGUGGUGGCCUCAUUGUGAAGCUUUGAUCGCUUACCUGAUGGCCUACAGCUACACCAGAGAGCCCAUGCUGAUGGAGCGAUUCAAGCAGAUUUAUGACUACACAUUUAGUCAUUUUUCUGACGAGGAACAUGGCGAAUGGUUUGGAUAUCUGAGUCGUCAGGGAGAGGUUGUAUUGGAUUUUAAAGGAGGUCCCUUCAAAGGGUUCUUCCAUGUUCCCCGCUGUCUCUACAUGUGUGAGAAGCUUCUGGACGGUCUUCUUAAGGGUGAGCGUUCAUGAACGGCUGAUGUUUUGCAGCAAAUACACUCCUGGACAAGGUCACAACAGAUGUAAGAGGAAGUGUCACAUGGGUUUUAUGUUGAUUGGAAUGCUAAAAUUAUACAAUUUCAAAUAUUUUAUAAAAAUUGUCUGAUCUUAAAGUUAUAUCGCAGCGUAAGUCAUUUUUGAUUUUAGCAACAAAAUUUAAUGAAAUCAUAAUUACAGGAUAUUUGUAAAAUUAUUCAUAUAGUUUACGUUUUAAAGUUAUAUUGAUGUAUGCAUACAAAUAAUCUGAAUGUGUUUGGAAAAUGGAAUAUGUAAUUGUAAAAGAUUAAAUAAUGAAUUUUAAAGCAAUUGCCACUAUACUGUAGAUAUACAGGUUUUGAGUAACAAUGUUACUUUACAAAGAUAUUUUACUAUAAACCACUCCAUAAUGAUCAUCAUGGUGCUAUUUUGAUUACUUUGCCUACAAACAUUUUUAUACUGUUGAAUACUUUGAAACAUGUAAACUGACAUUCCAAUUGCUUGAAAUUAAACCACUUCAACAGUUUGAAAGGUUCUGUGACUUGUCAUUU